AGCCUCAUAAAUCAGCCGCCCUUAAGGGCGGCUAAUGCUUGAGACCAGGCAGCAGAGACACAGUGUGAGCUACACGUGAUAUAAUUACUCUGCUCUAGCUGGCCCAGCUCUGUGAGUACAAGGUACAAGACAGUGAGACGUACGUCAGAGGACAGAUGGGAAGUGCAGACUGAGCAGACUGACAGUCUUUAAAAUACAUGGAGGAAGAAAUCGCACUUUUAAGAAGAGAAGCCCUCUGCUCGAUCUCCUCAAAGGGCUCAAAGUAUGCGAUGGAUGAAUUCUUUCAACGAUCUGAUAGAAAACCUGCUAAAAGUAGAAGAAAAUUAAUGCCGGAUAUGGAUGUGUCGCGUGAUGUUGUUGGUGGAUUUGGUUUUCACCCUCCUAAGACUGGCAUCCGAGAUAAACCUCAACGAAGAUGUAGGUCAGGCACAUCAAGUCCAUCUCGCUCAACUCCUUCACACUCAUACACGUCGUAUAGUUCUUCGUCACACAGUCGAUCACGUAGCAGCAGCAGCAGCUCUUCGGAUUGCUCUUCCAACAAUCAUUCUAGCUCUUUCAGUGGCUCCUCUCGCUCUACCUCUCCAAGAAAUGAUACUGUUGCUCUUUCACGCAAGGGUAAAAGGAAGACCCCUCAUAGACGAAUACCAUUAUUGUCUGAUGACAGGGUACUGGAAUACAAUCAUCGUAAGCAACCACGAUAUGCUGAGGAUGUAUCUCCACCUCCUGCUGUCCACCAUCGUGUGAUGCGUCAAGACACGCAAGGUCACAGGCGAGGUAGUAAGAAUAAUGUACCUAUCAUGGAUACGUUGCGGAGUCGUGGACAUGUGGCUCACAAAUCUGCUCCUAGGAUCUGUUCUAAUGAUAAAUCUCAUCGUGCCCGACCAUCAAUGGAUGCCCCACGCUCAUCUUCUAGACAUCACCCUACACAUUACCAUGAGCCCAAGUUCACACACAAUUCUCCCUCUUAUCACUACCACUCUCCACCAGCACACAGUCGUCUUAAACGUGACAGGCCACCUAGGCGAGUAGUUCAUUGUGAUGAAGAGCGGUAUCUCUACAACAAACGUGGUCAAGUUGCACCAUCGCCUAUACCACCAAAAUAUCGCAGCAAACCUCUAAACCACGAGAAAGACCAUACAUCAUCUUUUCGGCAGUCAAAAAUGCGAAGUCAAGGAACAGUCUUGAAUGUGAAAAGUAGAAGGCAUUCAGAAAAAUUUAGAGAUAAUGCUGAACACAGUCGUCAGCCCAAGGAUAGGUACAUUGUUGUUGAGGAUAGCACCUAUCCAGAUGAGGAAAAGGCGAGCGUUCGAACAGGUCCUGCUAACAAGCACAGAAAACAGAAAGAAGACAGUACUAAGGAAAUCGGGAAGAAGCUACCAGAUGCUGGUACAGUUAUUGAAGAUUCCAAUCCCAAGCACAUAGAGGAAGACCCGGACGAAGAAAGCAUUGAACCUACAAUUGGACUUGACUCUGAAGCUGUGCAGGCACCUGGGCACAGUGUUUUGUGGAAGGAUGAUGGGUUUGUGGAGGAGUUGGACUACAAUGAGGAAAUGGAUAACCUAGACAUCCAUCCUCCAGAAGAAGUUGUUGAUGUGGGAGAAGAGAGUUUUGCCAACAACAAAUCACACAAAUCCUCUGAAGAUGUCGUAGAAAAUGAGCAGGGACAUGAGUCUGAUGUUUCUAGAGUAUCCAGUGCUGGUGACGAUGCCCGACCCAUUAGUUCUCCUCUUAGAGUGAGUCCAGAAAGGUCUUCGGGAAAUGAUAAAUGGUCAAGUCGUGGAAAAAUACCAGUCAAGCAGAGGUUGUACUUGAGCAAGCAGAAAAUAGAAGAGAAGAAGAGAAGCGCUCGAUAUCAGGAUCGGGAAACACCUGACUUGAGACCAUCAUUAGCUAAUAGACUUGGACCUCCUCAUCGACGAGACAAUUCUACACUAAGGCGGUUUGAUAGUCCAGCUAAAGGUAGUGCUAUGGCCAUUGCUGAAGCGUACCGCAAGAAGAAAGAAGAAAAAAAUAAAAGUUUACAUAUCCGUGUUAAUAAAGAUGGCAAUUUCAUGAAGAGUACCAAGGCGGAAAUGUCUAAAUUAAAUGAUAAUGAAUAAUCCCACCCAGUUAACUAACUGUUUGGUCAAGAUUAUUUUUACCAAUAAGAUGUUCACCGUGUGCUGAUGCUUAGGAGAUAAUGACAUUAAUAUGCUUUUAUAUACCAUCAGUGAUUUUGUAUAAAUGAUCAUUAAUGUAAUUACCUUGG